UCUGUUCUUCCAUCAGCUCUCUAUAAAUCGUCGAAAAUGGGUCUCCAUCAACAUCAUCGAGUGACCUCCUUCGACGGAGACCAGACACUCCGGAUUCUUCACCGCCACAAGUGACCUCUUACCUAACGCCAAAGAGAAAGAGAGGAUGUCUUACCUGCUGCCACACCUGCACUCAGGAUGGGCUGUUGACCAGGCCAUCCUUGCCGAGGAAGAGCGUCUUGUGGUUAUCCGUUUCGGCCACGACUGGGAUGAAACCUGCAUGCAGAUGGAUGAGGUACUGGCGUCAGUUGCUGAAACAAUAAAGAACUUUGCUGUCAUUUACCUGGUUGAUAUCACCGAGGUGCCUGAUUUUAACACAAUGUAUGAGCUAUACGACCCAUCCACAAUCAUGUUCUUUUUCAGGAACAAGCACAUCAUGAUUGACCUUGGGACUGGAAACAACAAUAAGAUAAACUGGGCUUUGAAGGACAAGCAGGAGUUUAUCGACAUUAUUGAGACUUUGUAUCGGGGUGCUAGGAAAGGCCGCGGUCUGGUAAUUGCUCCAAAAGACUAUUCUACCAAGUACCGCUACUGAGUGCUCGAGUAUGUUGGUAUUGGGAACUUGUUUGCGCAAACCUGUGGCAUAAGUGCUAAUGCAAAAACAGGGAUGUAUUGAUGUACUAGUUUGACACUAAUUGUGGACGUAGAUACAUACUUCGUGCUCCCUUGCUUUUGUACAAGGAAAUAGACAUGUUUCUUUUAAGGUUAAAUGCUUCUAUUUUUGUCUGCAUGGCAUGCCUCUA